GUUUGUCAACGUCUGCCUGUCCGCACGGUGACAAACGUGCCUGCGGUACCAUCCAUGGUCGUUCUAGACGACGUGCCAUCAACCGUUGCUAUCUCAUCAGCUUGAUGUCGUCUUCGCUUCUGUGGGAACACGGAUAAAUCCGGUGUAUUUUCGUCACUUAAGAAGUGAGUGGAUCCGGUGAGCGAGCUCACUUCAGCUAUGGAUGGCUGCCGGUAUAGUCGUGUUGCCCGCGUUCAUCAGAACUGUUCAAUGUUACUAGUUCCAGUAAUAGUGCUUGCAUGCUCUGCCCUGCUCUGUGCACGUGGAGCAGCUAGUGACCGUUUAGGAUCUGUCCAACAGUUUAGGAAACUAAUCGAACCAGAUGCGUUACUUUUUCGGCUGGACAGGCUGCUGGAUAUGUGCAUUGCCCAUUACGAGGAUUUAACAACGGAUUUGUUACUUGGUGUUGCGAUUGCCAACGGUCAGCUGAAAUCCAUUCUAACGCAUCCAAAUGUGAACAAUCGGAUAUUUCUGGAGACGCUUCAGAAGAAAUGUGAUUACGUUGAAAGCCGAAUCGAUAGUAUAUUUUCCUACCCGAGCAGUUCGAACGCUAUCGUUUGUAAGCUCCUCAUAAACGCAAACUUUUGGAUGUUUACCGAGGAAGCCGGCCGGCGUGAUUCUCUGCAAUCAAGCGCGAGAGACCUCACGAUCGAUCAGCGUUCACAUCGGCAGACCCGGGGACGCCACACGCUGCGAGAUUAUUUACUUGCGCUAGAUGUCGGUGCACCAACAAGACUGCAAUCAGACGAGUGCUUAUCGGAGCUGCUUGUGAAAGAUUCCGAAAAUGAGCUCAACUCGACGGCUUAUUCUCCUUCGUUGCAUGCAGUAGAUUCGGGACGCACAAAUCCACUUUUUCUAAGCCGAGAAUGCAGUGCGGCAAUGUCCAUUCGAAACAAAUCCUACGGUUAUCAUCUGACACACAAACUUCUCUUCUAUCUGAUUCUGGACAAGUUACGCUUUUCGAAUAUUGAGCAAGGCUUCGUAUCGGCUGCCAAGGACAAACUGUGCAAUCAAAUCCUUCACGAAUCGCGGCUGAUAGUAGAGCUCCGAUAUCCGGAAGUGUUUCGGGAUCUGUUCAUGGAGCAAGUUUUCCUCUGUGCGUACGCAGGAUUCACCGAGUUCAGGAACCAGACUUGGUUGGGCACCAUUGUUGGUUGGCAAAAUUCGAACGGUUGUUUGAACGAUGGUCACGAUUCGGGCCUGCUAGAGAUGAAUACGUUAACGGCUCAGUGCUCAACGCAUAUGACCGGUCUUGGGGCGGCUCUUCUGGGUCUGUUCUCCAAGUUGCAGAUGAUUGGAUGAGAGCACAGAUUUAGUGUUUAUACAUCAAAAUUAAUGUCUCUCUUAUGAUCUGAAUUGUGCUUUUUCUGUAAACUUUGUUGAUGUACAUUGGAUUUAUGAUUGAAUA